GUGUCACGUACUAUAUAAAAAGAUUUCACUAGUUGAUAAAUUUGAAUCUGUCUGAGACUUCAUGACUCAGCCAAACUGAAAGAUACUGCCGGUAAUUUCAGAUUAAUCGCAUUUAGUUCGCCGAUGCGUAACUGCACAGUGUGCUUCAAUCAGUAAUUCUGCAGAUUUUAAAAGAUUGAGCGUCAGCUGGCUCUCAAUGCGGCAUCUCGAUUGGCACGUCAAAUAAAUACUGACGUCGUGCCGGCAACGGGCCCUAUCUUUAGGUGCAAACAUUGUUUUGUUUUUACAGGAAGUCAAAUGAAGUAGAGCUUCAUUCAGUUCACUUUUCAAUAUGGAUUUUAUUUCUUCUCAUGCAUUUAAGCACACCUACAGUAAACACUGGUAUAGAGUAGUUUAUAAAAUUUUUUAGUAAUUUUUAUUCCGUCGCUUGGCCCGCCAUCUACAAAUCGAUCUUAGACAGGUUCAAUAUUGACACUGUGUCGAUUUCAUGUACCCGUAAUAUCGCUAUUGUCCCUUCCUCAUCAUUAUUAUUGAAGGCGUAUGGUACUAUUAUAAUUGUCUCCCACAGGUAUUCCUUGUCCAAUCAAAAAAAACAUUUUUCUGCAGCAGUUGAUGUGGUCAGAACUCACAGAACCUUCCAUACUUUGCACUUAUCCACUACCUGUCACAAUUUUAUCCACGAAAUGCGGUCUCUCCUACAGUCGCGGUGUCUGUGGGGCGGCCACUUCAAACACGUGAGCUUUUUGCUCUUGAGUUGUGGCUAUCGUGGGCACCUACCCUCACUCUCUGCGUAGUCCCCUCACUCGGCCCGUGUCCUAGGCUGGUGCUCUCGCCUAGAGUCACGGUUGUGUCCCGUCAGCUAAAUGUGCCUUCUUUCCAUUUAGCUAGUCACUUAACGCUCGUCAUCAGCUUUCGGCGAAGUUCAGCGUUCCGUCGUUGUCAGACAGUAGGUGACUAUCUGGCCGACAGUAGCACAUAUUUCCUGUACACCAAAUAGUGGCAACAAUAGAAGUCAGUCGUAUCACAGACAGCUGGCAAGGGGCUCGUUGCCAGUGCUCGUCGUCCAAACCUGUGUUUGUUACGCUCGCUUCUGUGUGUUCGAGCCUAUAGCCGAAUAGCAAGCGUUUGCGCUGGCUUAGCAUCUGCUACGCUGUCUCUGUUCUCUUAGUGAAGGUCCAUUUGUAGGCUCGUGAAGCCCAACGGUGCGGAGUCCUGCCGUCGCCGAUGAGGACAUUGCCGCCAACAACGACAACAGCAUCGUCGAUGACGACAAUAACAACAACAACUGUUUCUCACAUACAGUACCGAGAACAGAUGACAUUGUGAGUCUCCGAGUAGCAGCUGUGGGUACAGGAGUGACAAAGGAUAAACUAUGUGAGGACCUUUACCAGCCAUACUGUCUAUACACAAAACAGAGGUCGCGAGGCAGACAAUCGCGAAGAGAAGACCAGAGCCAGAAGCCUGUAACAGAGUGUAUCCUGUAGAGUGUUUGUGCUGCCCAUUAAAGUCUACUAUCAGCUGGCCCGUUAAUGGAGGCAGCCAACGGCGAAGUCUGCGCGGACCUCUUUCUCGGGCUACGUUAGAGCUGUACGAGGCAGUUAUUGUUGUAACAAGUGCGGCCUCUCUCAGUUCACGAGCAUUGGUCCACGAUUGCCCCCCCCCCCCCCUUGGCGACCCCUCCUCUACACACACGCUCGCAUCUUAAUCGUACCGCAAUUUCCACUACCUUUACUAUUACUGCUGCCGACUGAAAAAACUUUUGCAGCAUCAUCUAACCUGCUGCUGCUACUGCUGCUGCUGCUGAGGGCGGCGCUGCAGCCACCACUACAGACUUAACUAGAACUUUGGAGAAAGGGCGAAAUUGGCCUGUGCUAGCACUGGGUUUCAUUGAGUCAGUAACUAUUGAGUUGGUGAUAAAGUUGUCUGGCGCAUAACGAACUGGAGACGAGUCACAAGCCAUAGGAGUCUAGCGGUAAUGAGGUCCUGUCCUGUCAAUGGUGACUGUUAAUUGUGUUAGUGGUAACUCCAGUGCUGUUUGGCCUUAGGACUAUGCUGUUUUCUUGUUAGAGUUUUUGAGUUGGUGGAGGGCAGUACGAGAAAAAUACUGGCAACCGAGUUGGUGAUCAGAUCGCGAGAAAAAAGUCGAAGCGUGUUUUCGUCUAUAGUUUUUAUCGCUAAGAGCCACGAAACUUCGGUGCUGUUGUUGUCACCGAGGCCCAUCAGGACUAAAUCGCGCGAAGUCAGGCCCCGUUUUACGGUAGAAGUGAGCCUGCUUAGUGUGCGCGAACACACAAUCACGCAAAUAUUUAGCAGAUCAAAUCGCUAUAGACGAAUACUGACGCCUAAAAGAGAAUUGGAGAAGCGCUAAACGUGGGCUAAGUUCGAAAGGCGGAUUCACAGAAAGCAAACGAUUCGUCGACUUACUGAAGCGGUGGGGGCUUCGUAAGGCGCGAAGUGAGUGGAUGAAGCUGGUGCCAGUCGUGGGUUGGUGGCACCAUGGUGAACUCUGUCCCGGAAAGGGCUGUGUGCUCCAUGUCCAAGCACAUUAUUCGCAACACAGGAUCCGGAUACCGGACGCAUCAGGCCGACGCAGUUUCUAGCGAUUCGGAUAUGUCGACAAUCGUGACUAUGAUUGCUACUGUAAUUCGGAAGAAUUUUUUCCUCGUUACCACUGUCUUUGGUGUUAUUGCCGGAAUCGUACUUGGCGUAGCGUUACGGUCGCUCGAACCAAGUGUUCAGAUGAUCUCGUUUGUCGAAUUGCCUGGAGAAGUGUUUAUGCGCUGUCUUCGAUUACUCAUUCUGCCUAUGAUGAUAGCUACAAUCGUUUCGGGCAGCGCCAAUCUGUCCGGUAAGGCCCAGGGUAAAAUGGCCUUAUUGACGCUUUCGAUCUUCAUGCUGACAUCGUUGAUCUCAGCCCUGAUCGGGUUAUGCUUCGUGACCGCCAUUUAUCCUGGAAGGGACAUGAGUGGUUUGGUCGGUGAAGACACCAGCCGGCAACAGAGUCAGAAAACUCCCACCCUGACCGACACGUUCCUGGAUCUCAUCAGAAAUGCAUUCCCCGAGAACCUGAUCGAGGCCACGACCCAUAGCGGCUACUCCGCUUACCAGAGCAAGAAUCAGACGCAGCUGGAUGGCAGUGUGAAGGAGAUCUCCAAGAGGGUGUGGCAUGUGCGUGGAGGGACAAAUUCUCUCGGACUGAUCGUUUUCUGCAUUGCCUUUGGCUCGACAAUUGGCUCGAUGGGCACUCCGGCGGACCCUCUCAAGCAUUUUUUCUCUGCCUUGGAUUCUGUCAUAAUGAAACUUGUCGGAAUUGUUAUGUGGUUCACGCCAGUCGGAGUUUGUUCCCUGCUGUGCGCGAGGAUCCUUGAAGCUGGUGACAUCCUUCUGCUUUUUCAUCAAAUGGCGCUCUUUAUCUUGACAGUCGUAUCUGCUCUGUCGGUCGAAUUGUUCGGUGUACAGCCGAUCCUCUACUUUGUUCUAACACGAGGCAAUCCGUUCAAGCUUCUCUUACAGUUAGCCUAUCCUGGCAUGUGUGCCUUCGUUUGUGCUGCCAGCGCUCCGGUGAUGCCCCUGAUGCUGCGCGCACUGGAAGACAAGUGCGGGGUGGACAAACGUGUAGCUAAAUUUGUAAUACCCAUCGGAGUCACUGUAAACAUGAACGGAACAGCCUGCUUUAUCGCGGCUGCGACGAUGUUCAUUGCCCAGAUGAAUAACAUCUCCCUUGAACUGAGCGACUACUUCGCUGUGUUAAUCACCUCAACAGCCGUAUCGAUUGCAGCUACCUCAGUGCCUUCAGCAGCUCUCUUCCUUAUGGCGAUGACCCUUUCGGUCAUCGGGGCACCCCUCAGCGAUGUCAGCUUACUCUUCACCACUGAAUGGCUACUGGAUCGUUGUCGAACCGUGAACAAUUGCUUGGGCGAUGGCGUAACAGCUGCUAUUGUUUCGCAUCUUUGCGAUCUCAAAGGCGAACCUGACGACGACAAUGGAACUGACUGCAACGGUGUCGAUGAUGGCUGCCUAGAUGAGAAGAAGUCUAAGAUCACUGAGGACGCUCCGUUAAAUUGCCCUCCAGUCUAACUUCUCGGCUCGAAGGUAUGACGGAACUGUAUGAGGUCAUCACUGAAAACGAUACGGCGGCGAGGCGAAUCGAAAGUCAACACCAACUUCACAACAAUAAUAGCAAGAAAGGAAAUGAGCCCUAAAGCUAUUAACAGGCUCUCUUAAAGCCAUCCAUAAGCUGUAAUGUUCGCGGGGACAUGCAAAAAAACCCUACUAUAUGAAAACAAGGUGACACAAUCUGUACACAAGCUAAUAACCAUACAUUCACAGAAGAAUGUACACCCCGUGAAUCUGUACAUGUACAACAAGAAUCAUCGGCUUUGUCUCAGCCCUAUUUCUGAUGUAGUUUUGACACUGAAUUGAAGAUCGGAACAGAAUUUUGUCGAAUGCGAUACCUUCUGCAGAUUGUUCUCCGCUUUCAGACCCCGCGAUCUCUGAUCAGUACUAGUAUCCAAAUUGUCAAGAGUCCAACAAUUGCCAUACCCUAAUCCAAAAAGGAAACAUGUUUUGACGCAACAUGUUUGCAUCUUGUCGUGGUUCUGGCCCAAUCUCGGCUAAAUAAAAAAACAUCUUCAGUCCCAACAACGACGUAGUAGAGCUGAGUCCUAGCCACGUGGCAUCUUUGUGCCAGAGUACUUCACCGUAGAAACUUCAGUACCUUGAUAUUCCAAUUCAUCUAUCGAGUUUAUUAUUAUAGAGCACAUUCGCAUAACGUUCACGCACGGAGUUGAACUGGCACAACUAGAAAGUGUGAACUAAAGACGAAUAGAUGACACUGAUAGAGGGCAACUGUUCAAUUCGAAUCUAACUAACAUAGUAGGGAAGUCUACUUCUGACAGGGUAGACAUAUGGGGAUUCGAUAGCGUUGACAUUUUUAGUGCCCGUGCCAUGUGGUCGAUUACGUGGUAGGCUGGUGGCGACCGUAGCAUAAAGAAAGGCCUUAUAGGAGACCCCUCGACUAGACUACAUAGGAGCUCGCGGUUGAGGGGAAAACCAAUAAAACAAAAGCUUUAUAACGCGAAUGGAAACUCUACAGUGGCUUUGGUGGGGUUUACAGUAAUAGUGGGAAGCGACGUUUGAGGAAGAGUUUCUGAACGGGACUAUAGAAGUGGCCUGCAUCGGCCGAAGCUCUCUGUCUCUCUCUCUCUCUCUCUCUCUCUCUCUCUCUCUCUGUACACCAAAAACUGUUCUUUUGAGCGCGAUCGAGUGUCUCAUAAUUGCGUUAAUUUCAUUUGCAGUGAAAAAGGAACUUAAACCCGAAAAGCGAGUGGUACAGCGGUUUUGGCAAUACAAUUAAUGCCCUUAGUUGGAUACGGUCUUCCUGUAAAAUUAAUUGUGCCGAAAGUCUCCGGUCUACUUUCGGACAGCACCUUAGUCAGUAUAACUUACUUAUCUUUUCUUACUAACUUAAACGAAGAAGGUACUCUAGACUGAUCAAACUCUGAUAAUAGUUUUCAAAUGUGAUAACUUUCUAAAUUAAACUUAUCCUAUUUUCAGACGAUAGAUGGAAGACUGAAAAGUAUGUUUUAAUAGAUAUUGAAGAGCAAUUUAUACAACCAUAUAUAUAUAUAUAUAUAUAUAAAGCAAAAAACGUGUUCUAUAGACACCGCGCACUGCUAUUUUGGGAAGGUCGAAAAGCAAUGUUACAUCGCGUUCAGCCAGUCGAUGUAUCCGAGAUUUUGAGGACAACGUGUAGCACUCGAUUGCGCCAGUAUAUAUCUUAGAGAGGGUUACCUUUGUUGAAAAAGUGCUCUCCACGAUCCCAUGCGGGAAUCGCUUGAGGUCGGUUAGUAAUAGUAGUCACUAGACAAUUAUUAUUCAGCAUAAUGAAUAUAUCAUUAAUUCAAUAUAGAUGAAUGUAGGAUGAACCUAGUUAUAAACAGAUGCUUUCACGCCCCGUAAACGUGCUUGUUUCUCCUGUGAAAGUCUGUACGGUCACUUUGUUUAAAUCAGAGAUCGUCGUUCGGCUGAAUAAGCAUAGGUAUCAUAGUGAUUAGAAAUAAAUGACGAGCUUAUUGUUGUUGAGAAGAUAUAGAUAUUGGUAGUGUAAAUUGAGUCUAAGAUAAAUUAGGCCUAUUUAUUGAAAGGUACAACUACGUGGAAGAAUGCUUCCCCUUUUCAAACAAUAGUAGCUAUUCUUAUAUCAUAUGAUAGAAAGUAACUAGCUUAGAUAACAACAAUAAUGAGUCAUACUUCUAGACUACUUUCGUGUAAUGUUAUAAAUAAAUAAAUAAGCAGCAAAGCGGUAGUUGCUGUUUAAAAAUUAAUAAAAACUUACUAAAACGCCAUUAGUGAAGUUCCUUGACUUUGAAAAAGUAAAAGGUACAGUACAGGAAAAGUAAAUAUAGUUCGUCGAUUUAGUUCUGUUUAUAGACUUUCGAUGAGUAUUGAUUUCUUUUCACGUACGUAAUAGCAUAAGGUG